AUUUUCACACGCGCGCUUCUAAUCCAAUCCCAUGCAAAAUUUCCUGACUUUCUAGUUUACCUUUCACUUCAACACACGCAAAACAAACCUAUAACAACACAAACAAAUACUAAGCAAAACCGGUAUUUCAAAAGGCAAAUACAACAAAAUUUUCUUAUUCUUCCGUUGAUUUCGGUGCUGUGUUUCAGUGAGCCUCAUUAAGAUCCCAACAUCCACCUUCUCUCCGCAAUUGCCGGAGAAACAAAAAGAGUGAGAAAGCGAAUGAAACAAAGUCCUACGUUGGUGUCUGUGUCUGAGUUCUUAUCAUGCGGGGUUUAAAAAACCGACCCAUUUCCCCUUGCGUUGUUAAACAGUUGUUGAUGCUCUCCCUCGUCCUCUGCAGUUCCCAAAGGAGCUAACUUGACCACAGGAACCGGACCAAGUGAACCGGUGUCGUUGUGUGUCGGAACCUGCAGGUGUUGGGGAAUGAUAUGGUGCAGUGAGGCGUAAUGGGGUGUGUGGUGGUGAAGCAGGCGGUGUCGGUGACGCCUGCUAUUGACCACUCGGUUGAGUUGGAGAACAACAGGAAGAAGAAGACUGAGUCAGUGGGAGCGAGUAGGAGCGAGUUGGGUGAGUCAGGGAGGGCGAGUUCGAAUGGUGGAAGUGAGUCUCUGAGCUUCAGAUUGGGGAACCUCAGCAAGUAUGUGGAGGGAGAACAAGCGGCGGCGGGUUGGCCGGCGUGGCUCAGCGCCGUCGCCUGUGAAGCCAUUCACGGUUGGGUGCCUCUUCGAGCUGAUGCAUUUGAGAAACUUGAUAAGAUUGGGCAGGGUACAUAUAGUAGUGUUUUUCGAGCAAAGGAGAUUGAGACUGGGAAGAUAGUGGCUCUGAAGAAGGUGAGAUUUGACAAUUUUGAGCCAGAGAGUGUAAGGUUUAUGGCACGAGAAAUAAUGAUUCUUAGAAGGCUUGAUCAUCCGAACAUCAUUAAACUGGAGGGCUUGAUUACUUCUAGAUUGUCUUGUAGCAUAUACCUUGUUUUUGAGUACAUGGAGCACGACAUCACAGGGCUCUUGUCUAGACCAGAAAUCAAGUUUAGUGAACCACAGAUCAAAUGUUACAUGAAACAGUUGUUAUCUGGUCUUGAGCAUUGUCACUCGCGGGGUGUAAUGCACAGAGAUAUCAAAGGAUCAAAUCUUCUGGUGAAUAAUGAAGGGAUAUUGAAGGUGGCAGAUUUUGGGUUGGCAAACUUUUGCAAUUCUGGGAACAAGCAACCUCUCACUAGCCGUGUUGUCACCUUAUGGUAUCGUCCUCCAGAACUUUUGCUUGGUUCAACAGAUUAUGGUGCAUCUGUGGAUCUCUGGAGUGUUGGCUGUGUAUUUGCAGAGUUGCUAGUUGGGAAGCCUAUACUUCAGGGGAGAACUGAGGUUGAACAAUUGCACAAAAUUUUCAAGCUUUGUGGCUCCCCACCCGAUGAAUACUGGAAAAAGACCAGACUUCCUCAUGCAACUUUGUUCAAGCCCCAGCAACCAUAUGACAGUUGCCUCCGAGAGACAUUUAAAGAUUUUCCUGCAAGCAGUGUAAAUCUUAUACAAACUCUUCUUUCUGUUGAACCAAACAAACGUGGGACUGCCUCAUCUGCUCUCUCGUUGGAGUAUUUCAAAACAAAACCUUAUGCAUGUGACCCAUCAAGCUUACCAGUAUACCCUCCUAGCAAGGAGAUUGAUGCAAAACACGAGGAGGAGUCAAGAAGGAAAAAGAUUGGUGGACGAGUUUGUGGACCAGAAACAAGAAAACCAUCAAGAAAGCCACUAGGACUGAGUAAAUUAGCUCCAGCAGAGGAUUUUACCAGUCAAACUCAAACUUCACACAAGAUGGAUGAUAGAUACGUCCACAUCCUUAAAGAAGAGAACACUAACACAGGUGAGGAGGCACCAAAGCAAUCUAGUGGUAAACCAGAAGAUUCUUCCCAGAUGAAGAAUGCAUCUCAAGUAGAUAUUCCCUUUCCUGGUCCAUUACAAGUUUCAAAAUCAAGUGGUUUUGCAUGGGCAAAAAGGCGUAGAGAUGACACUUCAAUUAGAUCCCACACUCGGUCGAUUUCUAGAGGAUAUAUCUUUAAUUCAUUAGAAACUUCAACAAUAAAUUUAAGGAAUAAUUCUGAAUCCAUAAACUAUGAAAAUAAGGACUUUCUUGGGGCACACACCAACUUUAGGGGCCAUCAUGACCUACCUGAAAUUUCUAAGCUUGCAAUGCAAAAUCAAUGGAGUAAGUUUGAUCGUCCAGAUUCAUUUGAUACUUCUGAAGAAUACCAUUCACAAGAACUAUCUGUGGCUCUUUAUCACAGGGAAGACUCACUAUCCAAGAGAAGUAACCUGAGUUAUCAAGAUCAAGGAGAAAAGGUUGAGUUUUCAGGGCCCCUACUAUCUCAAAUGCACACAGUUGAUGAGCUCUUAGAAAAACACGAGCGUCACAUCCGGCGUACUGUCAGAAGAUCAUGGUUUCAGAGAGGUAAGAGGCAAGGGAAGUAACUGAAACUGUAAUAUUCAUACAUGGAAGGAUAUAGAUCCUCAAAUUUCGGAUCAAAAUGUUCUCAUGAAAGGGCCAUCUCCAUUCUCUAAGAACUCUGCUGUGACUUUAAACAACAAAAAGAACAUCAUGAUGUAAACACAGACACAGUAUCCAACAGCAUGAGUUGUUACCUAGAAGCUUGGAAACUAAACAAUUUGAGGAAAGUAGUCCUUUAAGGUUUCAAUUUAUUGAAACCAGAGGGUCAUGAAGAAGAGAAGAUAUUUUUGUAACACCAUGGAUUCUCUAUUUUUGGUCAAUUAUAAUAUAUGAAAAUUUAUUUCUGCAUGAUCCGAGCCUCCUAAAUCCUCUUGCCUUUGGUAAUUGUUGGUAAUCGUUAUCUAAGUCUCAAGCCUCAUCUAGCAAUGUACAUAUUUGAUCUGCCAUGACUGCUUGAAUAUAUAUAGGUUAGUCUAUUUACCAUGUUUCCCUGUUUUUUAGGCUUCAAAAGAAUCAGAUAUAGUAAUUUCUUUAUCAAGGAAAGAAUUGUACCAGUAAGCAACGAGUCCAUUGUAGUAUGAUAUCCGAAUCUCCAAAUUUCUAUACUAUUUCAUUGUUUGGUCUAGAGUUCAAAAGUUCUUGU